UCUGGUGUGGGGCACCCUCCUUGUAUUGCCAUUUCAGAAACUGCUUCUCUAUUUAUGAGAUAGACGCUGUGAGUAAAAAGGAUGGUAUUUCAGGUGUGAGAUAAAUUAUAACAAGUGAAACAAAGAAGAGUUUCUUACUGAAUCAUGAUAUAAACAUGCAUGGAGGAUAAGAGUAAAGAAGAAUGCAGCAGUAAUGAGUCUGGUUGGACGAUGUAUAUCGGUUCGCCUUAUCGUGACUAUGACAACGACAACGACGAUGAUGAUGAAGAAGAAGAAGAAGAAGAAGGAAUUCCAAAGAAGGGAUACAAGAAUGUUGAUGAUCAUAUUGAAGAUGGUGGGAGCGACGAUUCUAUGACUUCAGAUGCUUCAUCUGGUCCAAGUCAUCAAGGAGUAUGCACAAACAUAGAGCAAAGUUAUGGGAAGCAUGCAGAAAAAGACACCAGGAAGAUCUCAAGCAAGGAACAACAAAGACAGGUGAAGAAGAAAUUGUCCGAAAAGAAUAUAAAAGCAGCAAAAGAAGAUUCCCAUAAAGCAAAGAGUGGCAAAGCUUAUGGUUAUUACAGAUCAACAACAAGGGGAAAGCAUUAAGGGCCAAACUGAAACACCACAAUCACUGUAAAUCCUUCUGCUUUGAUUCUUCUGAUAUCAGAUUUAGGUUAAAAUCUUGAAGAGAGUAUUUCACUUUUUUUCACUUUGAUUAUAAUGGUGAAGAAGAGAUCCUGUAAAAGAUUGGCCAACCUACUCAGCUCAUGAACAACAAAUGUAAUGCAUCAUAUAUCGUAUAAUGUCAAGAUUUAAGAGUCUCAUCCAUGAGGUAAAUUUGCAUA